AUGAGCGCCACGGAGUUGCACCGCAUGCGUUGCGCCCUGGAGUCGACGACCUCAAGCAAGGAAAAAUGUGAAGAACAAGCGAAAGACCUGCAGAAGCAACUAAUGAACUCCCAAGCAGUCUCUUCUUUGAAGGAAACAGAGAAGCAGCUCACGCAGCGUUGCGAAGAGCUGCGAGUCGAAGUAGCCUCCUUUAGCCAUUUAGACGCGCGUGUACAGGAGUGCUUGGACCUGAUCACUUCCUCAGGAUCCUGUCCAUCAGCAGAGCUGCUGCUGCCGCUGAUCGAAACUAAGUUGGGUGGCUAUAGACACCUCCAGAAGACGAUUGACAUUGCGUUUAAGCUUAGAGAGGCAUCUCAGGAGCUGCAAGACAAGAGCGUACAGAAACACAGAGGGCAGCAACCCACGUAUUCGAGAGAUCAUUCUGCCACUGCUGCUUUACUUUCGCCGUUUCUUCAGAUACAGCUUCACCAAGCUUUAGAGAAAAACGCGUGGCUUAAGCGUUUGCUGCAGGCAGAACGCAACUGCCGUGGCUUCAUGGGGAGUCCUUUCCCCGCUCUGCGAGACCGCCUUUUGCAGACGGAGGCACUGCGUUUGCAGGCGGUAGAACAACUCCAAAACGAACGUGGAAAAGUUCAGCUGCUUCAAAAGCACAAACUGAUGCUCAUGCAGGACCUCCGACGGUGCUUGGAUGCCAGAAAACAAAUGGGAGAAUGCCUCGGCAGCGCCGCUCAAACGUGCAGGGGACCGACAGCACAAGAGGAAAGUCUGAGUGCUGCAGCGGCGAAGUAG